AUGCCCAUCGACUUGGGGUUAUCGAGGAUUUCGCGGCUUCUCCGUCAGCUAGGAAACCCACACAAAACGUACAAGUCUGCUCAUGUAGCAGGAACCAAUGGAAAAGGCUCAACGGUGGCAUAUUUAUCGUCGGUUUUGACCUCGAGUAAAGUACGAAAUGGCCGGUUUACAUCUCCUCAUAUGGUAUACUAUAACGAUUGCGUGUGUAUAAACAACGAGAUAUACCCAAUGCCCAAGUUUGAACAAGUGAGGGCUUUGGUACGCCAGACCAAUGAUGAGUUAAAGCUCCAAUGUACAGAAUUCGAGUUGCUAACGGCUACAGCAUUCAAGAUAUUCGAGCUAGAACAAGUGGAAAUUGCAUUGAUAGAGGUGGGUUUGGGAGGACGACUAGAUGCCACCAACGUGCUAGAGGCAAAUACAGUACUGCUGCCUGGAGUGGUUGUAACUGCAAUCACCAAAAUAGCAUUCGACCAUGAGGGUUUCUUGGGAAAUACUCUAGAAAAGAUUGCGAAUGAAAAGGCUGGAAUUUUGAAGGAGAACAUUCCCUGCGUUAUUGACGGAACCAACGAGGAGCUGGUUUUAUUGACUGUUCAAUCUAAAGCAGCAUCUUUAAAUUGCAAGCUCAUAAUAGCAGGCGGUGAUAAAGACGCCGAAGAGUUGAUCAAAUUAUCGCCUUUAAAUGGGGCAUACCAAUUGAGCAAUCUCUGCGUCGCUCUCAGAGCAAUUGACAUCUUAAAGAGGUAUCUUCCCAUAGAUAAUCACACUAUUCGAGAAGGUAUUGAAAAUACAAAGUGGAUCGGAAGGUUGCAAACCGUCAAAAUUCCAGGAAAAAACCUCACGGUUCUCGUGGACGGCUCUCACAAUGAAAAUGCUGCCAUUGAGCUUGCGAAUCAUCUCGAGGUUUCUACAGAGAGAGCAAAAGGAAUCAUCUUUGUUGUCGGGUUCACCAAAGGAAAAUCCAUUGACAGUGUCUUAAAACACACCAUAACCAAAAAUGAUAUCGUAUACCCUACAUCCUUUUCGCAGCCAGAAGGAAUGCCGUGGAUAACCCCGGCAGCACCAGAAGGUAUCACAAAGGUAGCCAACAAAUACACCGACGAUUUGCAGCCAUAUGGCAAUUUAGAGGAUAUACUCAGCCGUAUUUCAGGCAUAAAGGAGAAUGGGGAUCGACGCCCAGUGGUCAUUUUUGGAAGUCUUUACUUGGUGUCGGACGUUUUGAGGCUCGUUCAAGCUAAAUGA